CGGAAUUUCCCCGCACCCGAAGAAAUUUUCAUAAGUUGAAGUGUUUUGGGGUAAUCACCCCAAAACACUUCAACUUAUGAAAAUUUCUUCCUUUAAUUAGGUUCCCAAAGAAACCAGAGGUCAUGGUCACAUAUGAAGGCCUGCAACUGCGAAUGAAGCAACUGGAAGAAUACUUGUUCAAUCUACUAAAUAUAUCUAUUUAUAGAAAUCACCACGAAACGGUGAAGUUCCUUGAAGUAUCAAAUAUGUCUUUUGUUUCGGAGCUGGGUGAUAAAGGCAAAGAGGGCAUGGUAGUAAAACGGACUGGCUCAACACGGCCUGGCCAAGCUGGAUGUAAUUGCUGUGGUUUAUUAAGCAAUAUGGUCUGUGUUAGAUGUAAUUAUUUCUGCACUGGUUUGGUGUGCGCAAAGUGGCAGGAGCGAUGGCUGUUCGUGAAGGAUACUUUCUUUGGUUACAUCAGACCUUCAGAUGGCAUCGUCAAGGGAGUCAUGCUUUUCGAUCAGGGGUUCGAAGUAUCGAGCGGCAUGUACUCGACGGGAAUGAAUCAUGGAUUGCAACUGCUCAACCAGAGCCGCCAGAUGGUGAUCAAAUGCUGGACCAAACGCAAGAGCAAGGAGUGGAUGCAACAUUUCAAGAUGGUGGCCAACGAAACAGCCCGUGCGUUCACAUGUCCGAACGUGCAUCACUCGUUCGCUCCCCCCAGAGCGGCCACGCCCGUGGGCACGCUAGUGGACGGCUCCUCGUACAUGGCGGCGGUGGCGGACGCGAUGGAACUCGCCAAAGAGGAGAUCUUCAUUGCGGACUGGUGGCUCAGCCCCGAGAUAUAUAUGAAGAGGCCCGCGCUCAACGGCAACUACUGGAGACUGGACUGUAUACUCAAGAGGAAAGCGGAAGAAGGUGUGAAAAUAUUUAUAAUGCUGUACAAAGAAGUUGAAAUGGCUCUCGGCAUCAACAGCUUCUACAGCAAAAGCAGACUGGCCAGUGAUAACAUCAAGGUUUUCCGUCAUCCAGACCAUGCACGUGCCGGAGUGUUAUUUUGGGCUCAUCACGAGAAGAUAGUAUGCGUGGAUCAGACCGUAGCCUUUGUAGGCGGCAUCGAUCUAUGUUAUGGCAGAUGGGACGACCAUAAACACAGGCUUACAGACUUAGGCAAUAUAUCUCAACCUCACACCGCUAUUAAGACUAAGAAGAAAACGUCGAGUUCUCCCGGCGGUGGGCUGUACUUACCGCAGGGUAAUGGCAUAGAGGCUGCCAUUGAAUUAGCUCGUUCCUCUAAGGAUCUCGUAAUAGGACUCAACGAGUGAGUACAAUGGACGUCUAUUUAAAAUUACGCGUAUAAUUAUGUUAAUUAUACUUGAUAAAAAGAUGUAAAAGUCUG